AUGAAGCGCGCCCUGCUGGCGUCUCUGCGCCGCAGCCCUGCUGCUCCAUGCCUUCUGUCCAAACGCUACGUCUCAGCGUUUGGCUACACGCAGGCAAAAGCGCUCGUAUACUCAAGAUACGGCCAGCCAAAAGACGUCCUAAGCCUACACUCACACUCCAUAGCUCCCGCCUACAACGACGAAAUCACCGUCAAGUUCCUGGCCUCCCCAAUCAACCCAGCAGACAUCAACCAAAUUGAAGGCGUCUACCCCUCCAAACCCCCCUUCACCACCGCCCUCGGCACCCCCGAACCCUGUGCCGUCGGCGGCAACGAAGGCGUCGUCGAAGUCGUCGCCGUCGGCGCCAAAGUACCCGACUUCAAGCCCGGCGACCGCGCAAUCAUGCGCAGCGUCGGCUUCGGCACCUGGCGCACCCACGCCUCCGCAAAGUCCUCGCACCUGCUCAAGAUCCCGGACGACAAGGCAAUCACGCCCAUCCAGGCCGCCACCAUCUCCGUGAACCCGUGCACGGCAUACCGCAUGCUCAAGGACUUUACGCCGCUGGAGAGGGGCGACUGGUUCAUCCAGAACGGCGCAAACUCGGGCGUGGGGAGGAGCGCGAUCCAGUUUGGGAGGCUGUGGGGGCUGAAGAGCGUCAAUGUCAUCAGGGAUAGGGAUAAUGCCGACGAGCUGAAGAAAGAGCUUGAGGCGCUGGGCGCAGACGUGGUGGUGACGGAGUCGGAGCUGGCGGACCGGGAUAGGAUGCAGGAAGUCAAGAGGCUCGCUGGGAAGAAGGGUAUGAGGCUCGGAUUGAACUGCGUUGGCGGGAAAGCAACAACAGAUCUCCUCCGGCAACUAGGGCACGGAGGUCACCUCGUAACCUACGGCGGCAUGUCCCGCCAGCCCAUCACCGUCCCCACGUCUCUCUUCAUCUUCAAAGACCUCCACCUGCACGGCUUCUGGGUCUCGGUCUGGUCCGACAAGCACCCGGAGGAGAAACAGGCCAUGGUGGAAGAGAUAUUCGGCUACAUCACCUCGGGCGAAUUCAAGGACACGCCCGUGCAGGAGACUGUCUGGACGCCCACCACAAAGGUGGACGUAUUGAAAGAAGCCGUUGCACGUAGCGGACAGGCGUUUGGCGGGAAAAAACAGGUGUUCAUAUUUAAAGAAGAGUAG